AUGUCAUGUGUCAAUAUAGGACAGCUAAUCACUGGUUUAUUUACUCGGAUUCUGAUCGCUGGAUUUGGAAUUGACUGGACAUUAAGUUCACUCUUUUAUUGCAAGUUUAGAACAUAUUGUCGUCAAGUAUGUGGACUUAUAUCAUUAUCAUGUUUUUGUUUUGCAACAAUUGAUCAGUUCUUGGCAACUUGUUCUCGAGUUUAUUGGCAACAAUGGAGUAAUAUAAAAGUAGCUCGACGAUUAUGUUUAAUAACUAGUAUAAUCUGGAUACUUCAUGGUAUUCCAUGUCUUAUAUAUUUCAACAUAAUUCAAUCGACCACUUCUGGAUCUUUAAGUUGCACUCCAACAAAUACAAUAUUUAACCAAUAUUUUAUUUAUGCAUAUUCAGUCGUCCUACUAGGUUAUCUUCCUAUAAUCAUUACUAUUGUAUUUGGAUCAUUAGCUUAUUAUAAUGUACAACAAAUUGCGUAUCGAACAGUACCACUUGUUAGACGUGAAUUAGACAAACAAUUAACUGUUAUGGUUCUUAUUCUUGAUAUAAUCAAUAUCAUUCCUCUAGUACCAUAUGCUAUCACACUUAUUCUCACUUCAGUUAUUAAUAGUACUCAAAAUCCAGUUCUCGCUCGACAAAUUCAAUUCGCUAGUGAUUCAUCUGUAAUUUUAUACUACGUACACUAUGGGGUAGGUUGA